ACACGCAGAGCUGCCCUCAAGAUAGUGCGCAUCGUGACAUUUGCGGCUACAUAUCCGGACCGUGGUCGUCACGGCGACUGUCGGAAGUUUGAUACGUCCCCAAAGUUGCCCGAAGCUUCACAGCAGGAAGGGACUGUAAUCGUGUUGAGCUAAUCCAAGAUGUACAAAACCUUCGCUGUCGUCCUUAUGCUUGUCUCCGGGCUCGCAGCAAUGCCUGCAAACAGCCACGCCGUUGUCGGUGACAAUUCGAACAGUGGCGUGGGAGGCAACGCGGCCAAGAACACAGCCGCCUUGGGCAAUCGCUGGUGCACGCUCUCGCUUACAGAUGCUGUCCACCAAACCUACAACAUCAACUUUAGCCUUCUCUAUUUGGAAGACGACAACAAAUACUUUGAGAUCCUCGACGAGGGUAGCCCGUUUGCAUUCCCCAAUCUCCGCGCCAAGGCUUCGUCCUAUCUUGGAUACGACGCUGCAGAGUUCAAGUUCCCAACCGGCCAGCCGGCCCAAAUAGAUAUCACCUUUUACUCGAUCUCCGCCGAGGGGCUGCUUACCUAUCAUCUCUCACCCUCAACCGUUAAAGGCCACGGCUUGACCGCUUGGAACCUUGCUUGCUCCACAUCGCCGAACGGUCUCAAGUCCCCGGUUGCUCGCCUCUUCUAGCUGCAAUGUCUAGAUUGCAUGGUGACAUUGGUUGUCAGGCUUCCAGCAGUAUAACAGGCGCGUUGUUGCCUUGGUACCGCAUUGCUCGCGUUGCUGCCUCUUUCGUGUUACGCGCGAACACCACACUUUCCGGCGAUUUUUGGGCAGCCAACGGUAUACAUAAGGUACAGAUCGGCAAGCCUCUACAUCAAAAUAAUCGAUACGGCAAAGUACACAGAAUGCUGGCUAGAUUUUUGACCGCCUUCCUCCUCAUUUGCAGCGUUGGCCAGAUCGUUGCCUCAGACAGAGGUCAGCA